AAUAUAAAUAGGUAAUAUGUUUUUCAAGUUCAGCCCGUAGUGAGAACGCAGAUCUAUGGAUCAUAGGGUCGUAAAGCCGAUCAGUGGGCGAGGCGUAUGUUCUGUGUGAUGAUUUCCUCUGAAAUUAAUUUUCUCCAUCUCCAAAUGGCAGCUCAGAACACGGAAUCCCCUAACACUGAUGGGGUUAACUGCCCGUUGUACACAAAUGAAAUAAUUUGGAUAAACAAAAAGAAAAAAAAGAAAUAAACAAUAUUUUUAAGUUGUAAUUUUCCGGACAUUAGCAUUCAGACUGCAUUUGUCUCUAACGUAACACUGCACGAUUAUUGUCCUCGGGCGAUUUACUAGUUUAUUUCAAUGUCGUAAGAGUGAAACAACAAACAUGUUGUCAUAGGAUUCAAUGUUUUUUGACUAGUGUUACAGCGAAACCGUUGUGAUCUUCAACACCAGUCGCCAUGACAGUUUAACACCUUAGCAAAGCGGGAAGACAAUUGACAGAUCAGGUAACAUGCUGCUACAGUUAUAUGCUUGGGGACUGGUGGCUUCAUUCGCUCAUUCACAAGACGCAAUAUACUGGCGGAACUUGGCAAAAGACAACAUAAACCGAUACCUGAACCGCAAACCUAAUACAGAGAAGGCCAGAAACAUUGUGUUAAUGAUAGGAGAUGGUAUGGGAAUUAGCACUAUCUCUGCGGCAAGACUGCUCAAAGGUCAAAUGCAAGGGAAGCCAGGAGAAGAAACGGAACUCAAUUUCGAACAAUUCCCUAACACCGCUUUGUCGAAGGUUUACACGACCGACUACCAAGUUCCAGACUCGGCUGCCACAAUGACGGCUAUGGUGACAGGCGUGAAGUCAAAGAGUCGCACAAUCGGUGUUGAUAGUUCAGCCGUCUAUGACGAGUGCCAUGAUUUGACCAAUCAUACAUUAUCAACUAUUCUGCAUUGGUCGCAAGAAGCUGGAAAAUCAACUGGUUUUGUCACCACAUCACGUGUGACGCACGCGACACCCGCCGCGUUGUACGCCGCGACCACUAAUCGUGACUGGGAAAAUGACCACGAAAUUCCAAAUUCACCUGAAGGGCACUGUACUGAUAUAGCCAGCCAACUUAUUUACAACGCUAGUGAUAUACAGGUUAUGAUGGGAGGAGGAGCUCGUAAUUUCAUUCCAAACAGCAUUCCAGAUCCUACCACAGGCAAGAUCGAUUUUAAGGGCCAAAGAUAUGACCGUCAGAAUCUUAUAAAGGCCUGGAAAGAAGAUAAAGAAAAGAGAAACCUUACGUACAAGGUUGUUCAUAAUACAGAACAUCUCCAAGGAGUUGACCCUGAGAACACCGAUUACCUCUUCGGAUUGUUUCACAAAAGUCAUAUGUCGUACGAAUUGGACCGAGAUACAAGUAUGGCAGGAGAGCCAAGUUUGGCAGAAAUGACCCGCAAAGCUAUACAAAUUCUUGAUAAGAAUGAAAAUGGCUUCUUUCUUAUGGUAGAAGGUGCAAGGAUCGACCAUGGUCACCACGCCAUCAAAGCAAAACGAGCUCUUACAGAGACCAUAUCGUUCGAGAGAGCUGUGCAAACUGUUUUAGACAUGACAAAUGAAACGGAAACAUUGGUAAUUGUCACGGCUGACCAUUCUCACACUAUGACAAUCGCCGGAUAUUCGGAGAGAGGAAAUGACAUUUUAGAUGUUGUUAAAGCCUCAAAUGGAUCCGUUGAACUUGCUGAGGACGACAUGCCGUACACAACUCUUUCAUAUGCCAAUGGUCCAAACAACAAUUUCUAUUCCAGACGGCGCAACCUUUCCUAUUUUGAUACAACCGACAAAGAUUUCAAACAGGACGUUGUUGUUGAACUUCCUUGGGAAACACACAGUGGCGAAGACGUUGCCGUGUAUUCGCGUGGACCAAUGGCACACCUUCUGACCGGUGUAAAAGAACAAAACGUCAUUGCUUACGUCAUGGCGCAUGCGGCAUGUGUCGGUGACAUAGGCAUCCCUUGUGAAACCGGACGCGAACGUCCAUUUAGUCAUUAUAACAACUGUGAUAUAAAUCUAGAUGCUAGUAACCAAAAUUCAAAUGUUGCUUCUUUACAUGUCCCUAAAAAUAUUUUAAUAGCUUUUGCUGUUCUUGGUUAUCACAUACUUCAUAUUUUUGUUAUACCAGUAUAAUUGUUGUUGUAUUCUCAUAAUUAUAUUUACUUUUUUUCUAUUUUUUCGCGGAAAAUUUCCAAAUAAAUACAUCAAAAUGAG